AUGGACCCCGCCAUCCUGCGUGAGGUCUCCCGGGUCGACCCUGCGGUUCCUUUUCGCGCAACCACCCAUCACCUCCAUCAUACUUGGGCGCAGACCUUUUAUUCGCGUCCCGAACUUUACGUACGCCCGCAGUCUAUCGAGGAAAUUCGGAAGCUCAUCAACCUCGCUCGCCAUUGCCGGCGUCGUCUCGUCACCGUGGGGAGUGGCCACUCUCCCUCCGAUUUGACCUGCACCUCUGCCUGGCUGAUAAACUUGGAUGAUUUUAAUCGCGUGUUGGAGGUUUCGCCGGAGACCGGGGUGGUGACGGUUCAGGCAGGAAUUCGGUUGAGAGACUUGGGCGCACAGCUGGAGAAACAUGGCUUGAUGUUGUCUAACUUGGGUAGCAUUGAUGAACAGUCGGUCGCCGGCGUGAUUUCCACGGGUACCCAUGGAAGUUCUCUCCAGCAUGGCUUGAUCUCCGAGUGUAUCCAAUCACUGACUCUCAUGCUGGCUAAUGGGCAGCUGGUGCGGUGUAGCGCGACCAAUAACCCGUCGCUCUUCCGGGCUGCGCUCAUCUCCCUGGGUGCACUUGGUAUCAUUGUCGAGGUCACGCUGCAGGCGGAGCCCGCGUUCAAGGUGGCCUGGCGACAGACGCGACGCAAACUGUCGAGUGUGCUUGCCCAAUGGUCAUCCGGACUGUGGACAUCGCAUGAAUUUGUUCGGGUAUGGUGGAUGCCCUAUGAGAAGAGUGCCGUUGUCUGGCACGCCGACAAGACCGACCUCCCGCUGCGGGAACCGCCCAAGUCCUUUUAUGGAGAGACACUCGGUUACCAUAUCUAUCAUAAUCUGCUGGCCCUGGCCAACUAUUUCCCUCGUAUUCUCCCGUGGGUGGAAUGGCUGGUCUUUGGUUUGCAGUAUGGUUUCAAACCGGAAGCCGUCGUGACAGAGGCGGUAGAACCAGCCCGAUCAGGUCUCCUCAUGAAUUGUCUGUACUCGCAGUUUGUCAAUGAAUGGGCACUCCCGCUCGAGAAGGGCCCCGAAGCUAUCACUCGUCUCUCCGCCUGGUUGAAUGGCGAUCACGAAACAGCGCGUAUCCCUUUUUCCGUCGACGGUCUGUGGGUGCAUUGCCCCAUUGAAGUCAGAGUCGCGGACUCUACCUACAACAAGACAACCCGUCCGUUCCUCGAUCCUACCUCUUCCAGCGGCCCGACCCUGUAUCUCAAUGCGACGCUCUAUCGCCCGUACCAUCGGGACCCCCCAUGCACGGAACGGUAUUACGAGGCAUUUGAGUGGCUUAUGCGCGAAAUGGGUGCAAGACCGCAUUGGGCUAAGAAUUUCCGGACGACGAGGGAGGAGCUGAAAUCUCUCUAUGGAGAUGAUAUGACGGAAUGGUUAAAGGUCCGCCAGGAUGUGGACCCCGACGGCAUGUUCCUUGGUGAAUGGCAUCACCGAACCCUCCCCUUGCCAGGGAGUGGGGACGAGUCGAAUGCAUCAGGGCCGGCCGACCUUCCGCUCCUCGAACGCGAAAAGACUCGUCGGAAGGCAAACAUCCAGGGAUCCGGUGACGGCGUCGAGUGGAUUGGACACAAACAAUGGCAAGGGAACCAGGGCCGUCAGACUGCGAUGUUCGUGUCCACGCUAGACAACGAAAAGAUUCAUGUUUCGUCUGAGGGUACUAGUCUCAGUCCUCCCACAACAGCAACCAGCGAAGAGAGCUUCGAUUUUCUGGCGGCAGGAGAGGCCAGUGUUGUCCUUCCCUGA